AUGUCUCGAGAGUGGGACAUAUCAGAGGGCAUUCCGCGUUGCUAUUUACUCUUGCGGAAAGGUGGAGGCCAGAGACUCAUUCUUUUGUAUUGCCAAUCAGUGAUACACAUAUUUGGCCUGCCGAUUGAUGGAGAGGUUGUGACCGGUUUGACCGAUAGUAGUCAAGACUCCUUGGUCAAUCAGAGCAUGCCGAUUUUCGACAGCAAACCCAUGGUGAGUAGUUCAUCUAAAAGUUACAUAAAAUUGGCAUGGGUUUGCCAUAUCAUAGACAUACAACCUCUAGACACUUGGGAGUCUAUUCAGCGAUACGUUAGGUGUUACAUCUUUUAUCUGUUGGGAACCACCCUCUUCGUGGAUAAGUCAACGGCAUAUGCAGUUGAAAGUUGGGGGACAGCAAAUCUCACACAUCUUUAUAGGUCACUGUGCUGUGCAUCGUGGUAUGAUUGCAAGGACAUGGACGGCCCGCUUGAUUUGUUGUUUGUUUGGGCAUGGGAGCAAAUGCCCUUUCUUGCGCCCAUUUCAAGACAGCAGCUUGUAUCAGUUGAUAUACCAGUUGCACGUAAAUAA